CUCAUUUAAAUGCGAUCAAAAAGUGUGAAGCUGUCAAAUCGCCCAGCAUUUGCUCGUCGGAUACCAUCAGAGGACACAUCACGUGCUUGCGUAUCCACGUAUCUUCUCGAUACAUCUUCAGACACUCGAUCCGGCUCACUGUGCAUUUUGAAGAUUGAUGAAGCCGACGGGCUACAGUUGGAAAAUGAGAUUAGCACUUCUGCUGGAGUGUUUCGAUUCGAUUUCCGAAAUCCGUCGACGAUAGUUGCAGCGCUAACCGAUGGAUCACUAGUGGUUCAGAAAAUUGAAGAACCUGUAUCAUCCGAAACUACACCUGUAUCGUCGGAUAUGCUUUUGGAUUUGGGACUUUCGGAUUCUUCCCUCACUAUUACAACUGACAACAAAGGCCACGCGUACAUCGUCGACCUGAACACAUCACUCAUCGUUUCCACGUGGCUUGCUCAUUCGCUUCCGUACGUUCCUGGUGAAGGAUGUGAAGUAUGGUCUUGUGCGAUCAGCAAAGAUGCUCAGACAGUUGUAACUGGCGGAGAGGACGGAUCAAUGAAACUCUGGGAUGCUCGCAGCCGAACUCAAACCGGUCAAUCAAAAAUUUUCGAAGCCGGUGUUGUUUUUGUUGAUUUCCCGGCUUCGAACGAAGAUCAAAUUCUAACUGGAAGCUAUGACGAGCACGUCCGGAUUUUCGAUCGAAGGAAUUUAAAAACUGUGCUCAAAGAGAAAAAGCUCUCUGGUGGAGUUUGGAACAUUGAACAAGUUGGCUCAGAGUACUGUACUUCCUGCAUGUACGGUGGCUACAGUAUUCUGAAUUCGGACACUCUCGAUAUUGUCCACGAGAAUCGGGAUGUUGGAUCGAAUCUUCUGUAUGGAGCAACAAAAAUGUCCGCGAAUUCGGUGCUCUUUUGUACUUUUAAUGAUUAUUUGGCUGUUUUAGACGAGUAUUGAUGAAAAAUGUUGAACGCCGGUGAAUUUGUUAAAUUAGUGAUUUUUUGCUUGUUGAAUUUAAUAUAAUAAUAAAAAUUGCGUUUACAG